GAGUCUUGCUCUGUCACCCAGACUGAGUGCAAUGGCAUUAUCUCCGCUCACUGCAGCCUCCACCUCGCGGCUUCAAGUGAUUCUCUUGUCUCACCCUCCCGAGUAGCAAAGGUUACAGGCACGUGCCACCACGCCCAGCUAGUUUUUGUAUUCUUAGUAGAGACAGGGUUUCACCAUGUUGGCCAGGCUGAUCUCGAACUCCUGACCUCAGCUGAUCCACCUGCCUUGGCCUCCCAAAGUGCUGGGAUUACAGGCGUGAGCCACCACACCUGGCCAUCCCUCACCAUUUUUUUAAACCUACAGAAUUCACAGCCUGUAUUUGACUGCUAUUAUAUAGUUCUCUCCAAACUAUGUUUCGGGAUUUCUUUUUUGUUUGUUUUCUGUCUCUUGUUUGAGACAGGGCCUCACUCUGUCGCCCAGGCUGGAGUGCAGUGGCGCAAUCAUGGCUCACUGAAGUCUCAGCCUCCCCGGCUCAAGCAAUUCUCCUGCCUCAGCCUCCCGAGUACCUGGGACCACAGGCAUGUGCCAUCACACAGGCAAAUUUUUUACUUUGUAAAAACGGGUUCCUAUUAUGUUGCCCAGGCUGGUCUCAAACACCUGGGCUCAAGUGAUCCUUCUGCAUUGGUUUCCUGAAGUGCUGGGAUUACAGGCAUGAGCCACUGUGCCUGGCCAAACUGUGGUUCUUUGGUAGAAUUUCCUGGUUUAAAAAAAAAAAAAAAAGUGGGCUCUAGUCUUGCCGGGGACUCAUGGGGUAACUUGCUCUUGGGAGCCAGUGGUAUGGCGUCAGGCUGCAAGAUUGGCCCGUCCAUCCUCAACAGCGACCUGGCCAAUUUAGGGGCCGAGUGCCUCCAGAUGCUAGACUCUGGGGCCGAUUAUCUGCAUCUGGAUGUAAUGGACGGGCAUUUUGUUCCCAACAUCACCUUUGGUCACCCUGUGGUAGAAAGCCUUCGAAAGCAGCUAGGCCAGGACCCUUUCUUUGACAUGCACAUGAUGGUGUCCAAGCCAGAACAGUGGGUAAAGCCAAUGGCUGUAGCAGAAGCCAAUCAGUACACCUUUCAUCUCGAGGCUACUGAGAACCCAGGGACUUUGAUUAAAGACAUUCGGGAGAAUGGGAUGAAGGUUGGCCUUGCCAUCAAACCAGGAACCUCAGUUGAGUAUUUGGCACCAUGGGCUAAUCAAAUAGAUAUGGCCUUGGUUAUGACAGUGGAACCAGGGUUUGGAGAGCAGAAAUUCAUGGAAGAUAUGAUGCCAAAGGUUCACUGGUUGAGGACCCAGUUCCCAUCUUUGGAUAUAGAGGGCGAUGGUGGAGUAGGUUCUGACACUGUCCAUAAGUGUGCAGAGGCAGGAGCUAACAUGAUUGUGUCUGGCAGUGCUAUUAUGAGGAGUGAAGACCCCAGAUCUGUGAUCAACCUAUUAAGAAAUGUUUGCUCAGAAGCUGCUCAGAAACGUUCUCUUGAUCGAUGAAACCAUAAGGAGCCCAAUGUUUCUGUUCAUGAAAUCUCCCUUUUACUGGAAAACAGGAAUAUUGACUACCAAAUCAUCAUGAAAUUGAAGCCGUACUGCUUUUUUGAGCAGUUAUUCAUUCCAGUGAUUAAAACUGAUUGUGCAGAAUAUUCUAAGAGGUCAGAAAUUGGUAUGUAUAACUACAUUUUUAGUGAUGCAAUUUAAUGAUUAGUGAGUAAGAUACUGUUUUUAUUGAGAGACUUGAUUUUUAUAAAGAGUAAAAAUACGGCUGCAUUAAGGUUACAAACAGAAAAGUGUCUUAAUGCCUAAGGAGGGCAUAUUAGCUACACUACAAAAACAAAUUUUGUCUGUACUUCUGAAAAGAAUUUUGUUGUUUCUCAGCUGUUUUCCAAAAGCAAAGGAAGUCUUUAUGGUUUUUUUCUAUUUCAUGUUAUUUGUGAUUUGUUUAUAAGUUUGGGUGGGAUGGCAUACCAUAUUCUUGGUUCUUAAAAUCUAUCACUUUUCACCUUACACUUGAUGUGUAAAAACUAUAAAAGCAAUGUGUGAAACCCAGGGGUUCUAAAAUACAAGCAUAGAUUUUAUCAGGGUGUUUUUGUUAAAGCAGGUUAUUCAGUGAUUCCUCCCCACCAUUCUUAAGGACGUUAAAUAAUGCUGUUGUGUUAGCUCUGAGUAGAAAGGAAAAAGUAAAAACCUCUGUAUGGAAGUAAUAUUGGGUUGAAUUCUGACUGCCCUUUUCUAGCUGGACCUUUAACAAAUCACCCAGUCUUUUUUGUGUUUCUCUGAAGUCAUUUAUACAUUAAAUGUAAUUAUAACAACUAUGGGGUUGUGUUGAGAAUUAAGAGGUAACACUAUAUAUGUAAAGUUUCUAGUACUAGUCCCAGAAUUUAGAAUAUGCUCAAUACAAAGUAGAUAGCAUUAUAUAAGUUUAUAUUUUUGUGAGUUAUAAAGUACUUUGAUAUAUUCUCAUUAAAUCUGUAAAUCACCUCUAUAAGUAAGUGGUAAUAAUAAAGCAGAUAUUUUUGUCCCCUUUUAAAAAAAAAAAAGUGUUCCCUAACAGUUUCCAGAGCACGAGCUGAAGGGAUUGACGGGCUCCUCAAAGGCUAUACACUUUUCAUGGCCUGGUCUCGUCCAGGUACAGUGCUGGCUACUUUAACAUAUAUGUUGUCAACAAAUCCUCAGGAUAAUUCUAAGGCAAUUCUACUGCAAAUGAGAUACUAUCUUAACUUACAGUUGACAAAAACUGAGUCUCAGAAAGGUUGCCUGACCUGCUCAAGGUCAUAUAGCUAGUAAGUGUGCAGUAUAGGUUUGAACCCACCUGCCUGAUUACAUCUCCUAUGCCAACUCCUAUCCAUUGGUAGCACCUGCCUGAAACAGUGAAUUGAGAAAGAAUUCCUAGGUUUUGAAUUCUUAAUUAUUGAAUUAAGAGGGCAAAGUGCCAGGUUUGAUUAGUUGUGGCUGCCAUGAGUGAGGAAUGGUGAGUGGUGAUGUACAAGCCUGGUAUUUGCCAUCUUCCCAUUACCCCAUGCCAGAUAGUUCUACAGGAGGCUACUCAACUUGAUUCUGAACAUGGUUUUAAGAAAGAAUGAUCCAGCCUGGGCAACAAUGUAAAACCCCAUCUCUACAAAAAAUACAAAAAUUCUCCAGAUGUGGUAGCAUGUGCCUGUGGUCCCAGCUACUCGGGAAGCUGAGGUGGGAGGAUCACUUGAGUAUGGGAGGUCGAGGCUGCAGUGAGCUGAGAUCACACCACUGCACUCCAGCCUGGGUGACAGAGUGAGACUUUGUCUCAAAAAAUAAACAAAAACAAACAAAAAAAGGGAUGAUAUGUUGAGUAGGCAUGAGCUCUAAUGUAAGACUGACCUGUAUUAAAACCCAGCUCCAUUUGUUUUUAGAACUUUGAGUAGUUACUUGGCCUGUUGAAUGUUGAAGCCUUAGAUUCCAUUUGUGUUAAAUAUGCAUAAUAAUCUCUGGGUUGUUAUGAGGUUUUAAUGGGAUUAAUUCUGUAAAUGCUCCUGGCAUGGUUCCUGGCAUAGAGUAAGUACUCAACUGGUGUUACUUCCCUCCCCCUCCCAUCGCUCUGUCACCCAGGCGGGAGUGCAGUGGCACACUCUUGGCUCACUGCAACCCCGCCUCGGAAGUUCAAGCGAUUCUCCUGCCUCAGCCUCCCAAGUAGCUGGGACUACAGUCGCCUGCCACCACACCCGGCUAAUUUUAAUAGAGUUGGGUUUUCACCAUGUUGGCCAGGCUGGUCUCAAACUCCUGGCCUCAAGUAAUCUUGAUUACUUGAGUAAUCAAAGUGCUCCCAAAGUGCUAGGAUUACAGGCGUGAGCCACCACACCUGGCCCACUGCAAUGUUUUUUACAAUGAUAAAAAUUAGGGGGGAAAACCCCUAAAUGUCUAGCUAUUGAAGAAUGACUAAAUUAUGCCAACUUGA